AUGCCUCGGCCCGGCCGCAACACGUACAGCGACCAGAAGCCGCCCUACUCGUAUAUCUCGCUGACCGCCAUGGCCAUCCAGAGCUCGCCCGAAAAGAUGCUGCCCUUGAGCGAGAUCUACAAGUUCAUCAUGGACCGCUUCCCCUACUACCGGGAGAACACGCAGCGCUGGCAGAACAGCCUGCGCCACAACCUUUCCUUCAACGACUGCUUCAUCAAGAUACCGCGGCGGCCAGACCAGCCCGGCAAGGGCAGCUUCUGGGCGCUGCACCCCAGCUGCGGGGACAUGUUCGAGAACGGCAGCUUCCUGAGGCGCCGCAAGCGCUUCAAGGUGCUCAAGUCGGACCACCUGGCGCCCAGCAAGCCCGCUGACGCGGCGCAGUACCUGCAGCAGCAGGCCAAGCUGCGCCUCAGCGCGCUGGCGGCCUCGGGCACGCACCUGCCGCAGAUGCCCGCCGCCGCCUACAACCUGGGCGGCGUGGCGCAGCCCUCGGGCUUCAAGCAUCCCUUCGCCAUCGAGAAUAUCAUCGCGCGCGAGUACAAGAUGCCUGGGGGACUGGCCUUCUCCGCCAUGCAGCCCGUGCCCGCCGCCUACCCGCUCCCCAACCAGUUGACUACCAUGGGCAGCUCGCUGGGUACUGGCUGGCCACACGUGUACGGUUCGGCAGGCAUGAUCGAUUCGGCCACCCCCAUCUCCAUGGCCAGUGGCGAUUACAGCGCCUACGGCGUGCCGUUGAAGCCUCUGUGCCACGCAGCGGGCCAGACGCUGCCCGCCAUCCCCGUGCCCAUUAAGCCCACGCCGGCCGCAGUGCCCGCGCUGCCCGCGCUGCCUGCGCCCAUCCCCACCCUGCUCUCGAACUCGCCGCCCUCGCUCAGCCCCACGUCCUCUCAAACAGCCACCAGCCAAAGCAGCCCCGCCACUCCCAGCGAAACGCUCACCAGCCCGGCCUCCGCCUUGCACUCAGUGGCGGUGCACUGA